CGCCUCCCAGGGCAAACCGACUCCUGGCUGAAGCCUGAGGACACCAGGCCCAGCCGGUGGCGAUGCCCCGGCCCCAUUCCUGCUGCCCCAGGGGGGCGCCCCUGGCCCCAGCCCCGGGCGGCUCCUUCGCCCAGAUCACUGCCCGGUUCCUGCGCGUCACCAAGAUCCACGGCCUACACCACAUGGGCUCCCGCCGGCAGUCGCGCCCGCGGUGCCUGCUCUGGGGCCUGGCCUUCCUGCUCUCGCUCGGCCUCCUGGGCACCUGGUCCAGCAACCGCGUGCGCUACCUGCUGUCCUGCCCCGUGCACAGCCGGGUGCGCAUGGCGUGGGCGGCGCGGCUGCACUUCCCGGCCGUCACCCUCUGCAACAACAACCCCGUGCGCUUCCUGCAGCUCACCAAGCCCGACCUGUACUCGGCCGGGCAGUGGCUGGGCCUGGCCGGGGAGAACCGCUCCCUGCUGCCCGGGCUGCUGGAGGGGCUGCCCGACGCCCAGCGCCACUGGCUCAGCCGCCUCGCCAACUACUCGCGCUUCCUCCCGCCGCGCCGCUCCGAGCGCACCAUGCACAGCCUCUUCCACCGCCUGGGCCACCAGAUCGAGGACAUGCUGCUGGCCUGCCGCUUCCGGGGGGAGCCCUGCGGCCCCCAGCACUUCACGCCCGUGAGUCCCUCGCCGCGGGGCGGGCGCACGCGGUACCCGGGGGCUCUGGGGGGGCAGCUGGCCGGGGUCCGAGGCAGGUUGCUGGCUCUGCAUGUGGGGACGCGGGGGAACGACGACUCUGCGGCCUCCGGCCUUUCCCUGCCUCCCGCAGAUGAGACGUCGUUCGAGGCCGGGAUCCGGGUGCAGGUCCACAGCCAGGACGAGCCGCCCUACAUCCACCAGCUGGGCUUCGGGGUCUCCCCCGGCUUCCAGACCUUCGUGUCCUGCCAGGAGCAGAGGCUCACCUACCUGCCCCAGCCCUGGGGGAACUGCCGGGCCAGCGUGCCCGGGGAGCAGAUCCUGCCGGGCUACGAGGGCUACAGCAUCGCCGCCUGCCGCCUGCAGUGCGAGAAGGAGGCUGUGGUGAGCAGCUGUCAGUGCCGCAUGGUGCCACAUGCCACGGCCGGGGCUGGCAGGGAUCCGUGGGCAUCUCUAACCUGGUUCCUUCUCCCAGGGAACGAGUCCAUCUGCUCGCCCAAUGUCUAUAUCGAAUGCGCCGACCGGACGCUCGACGCGGCGGUGGAGGACUCCCAGGAUCGCUGCAGCUGCCCCACGCCCUGCAACCUGACGCGCUACAACAAGGAGAUCUCCAUGGUGCGCAUCCCCAGCAAGGGCUCGGCCCGGUACCUCGCCCACAAGUACCACCGCAACGAGACCUACAUCCGAGAGAACUUCCUGGUGCUGGACAUUUUCUUCGAGGCGCUGAACUACGAGGCCAUCGAGCAGAAGAAGGCCUACGAGCUGGCGGGGCUGCUGGGGGACAUCGGGGGGCAGAUGGGGCUGUUCAUCGGCGCCAGUAUCCUGACCAUCCUGGAGAUCCUGGACUAUAUCUAUGAGGUGAUCCGGGACAAGGUGAGCCGGGUUCUGGGCCGCUCCAAGCCGCCCCUGAGGAAGCCAUCGGGCAGCAUCGCCACGCUGGGGCUGGAGGAGCUCAAGGAUCAGAGCCCCUGCGGGACGCUGGGCCGACACGCCGAGGGCGCCUACAGCACCAGCAUCCUUCCCAACCACCGCCACCGCUACGCCCACCAGGGCAUCUUCGAGGACUUCGCCUGCUAGGCCGGGCUCAGCACUACGGACGCGACGGGCCCCACGACCCCACAGUCUGCACGGAGAGCGGGGCCAGCGCCUGGCACGACGGGCACCGGGCCCCUCCCCUCCCCAGCCGCCCCCCCCAGCCCGUCAGCCACGCCUGGUGCCUCCCGGAGAGGCAGUAGAUGCUUUGGACCCCACACCCCUGCCUGCUCGCCUCCCCCGCCCGGACCCAGGACUGGCCCAGCGCGGCAGCCCCACGCCCAGCCAGCGCCAGGGUCGGCCCAGCACGAAGCACAGGGCGCAGAGCCGAGCCGCGCGGCCCUGCCCCGGGGAGCAGCCAGACUGGACAGACGCGGCACCGGCCAGAAAACAGCCCGGCCCGAGAUCGGGCCCAGCGCGGGGACUGGGGGGAUGUGGGGGGGGGGGG